CCGGCUUUCCCUGACAGACACUGGAAGCUGCACGAUGACCACACACAUCACUCUUCAUCACACGUGACGUGUGGGUCUGACAGAAAGGAUGCCUACCUUCACAGUUCAUUUGAGGAAAGGGCAAUGGAAGCACAAAUGUUAACAGAAGGAAAAGCCACAGUGUAGCUCCUUAGCACGGAGACAGUAAUCAAGUCCUGUCCACUCCUGAGCAAAAGACCCAGGACACCUAACAGAAGCUUACUUACAAGGUGAAUUAAUGAGCAUUCUCUCCAGAUGAAGACAUCACACCUCACUCCCAAAACAGAAAGGUAUUAAUUUCAAAUACAGCUCCAGUGCGUAAAUAAGGAGACUCAUUCCUUCACGAGGGGAUAUACCCUGGAGCUCAAGACAUACCCGAGUAAAACACAGCUUCAUCACCAGUUCCUCCCACAUCCUAACAAACUGGCAACAUCAGCACCUCGGAUCCAUCAGCUUAACAGGCUAAAAAUGCCACUUUUUGGCUGGAUGAAGUGGUCAAAACAUGGGUCCUACAAACCCACACAGUAUCCGGGCUCAGAUGUGGUGACUAACACCCUGCUCCGGGAACUCAGGUGGCAUCUGAAGGAGCGAGAAAGAUUAACACAAGAGAUCGAAAAUGAACAAAAAGCAAAAAAAACAGGCGUGGAUUACAACUGGCUGAGAAACUACCAGAAUCCCCACAUGACCAUCCCAGCUACCGAACAAAGACAACUUGAAAUUCUUUGCUCACAAGUUCAACCUUAUCAAACUGGAACUAUUCUCAGCAGAUUUCGAGAAGUUUUGGCAGAAAACGACGUGCUGCCUUGGGAAAUAGUCUAUAUCUUCAAGCAAGUUCUGAGGGAUUUCCUAAAUAGUGCUGACAUAGGCAGUCACCAAGAGGGCCCGGCGGAGGCACGGAGUACAGACUGUGCCAUCCGCCCAGCGGUCCCGGGAGGACGCUCCAGGCAUCUAGACGAAGAUGAGAUCCCCACCAUUUCAAGCUACGUCGACAGAAACACAAAGAACAGGUUCCCAACAUUCUCACACAGAAUAUGGAACUUACCAUAUUAUUACCCAUCAAGUUAAGUUAUUUAGAGCCAGAGGAGUUUUUAUGACCACCUUAGUGUCAGAAUUCUUAAUAUUAAAAAUUAGAAAAAGUGACAUGACUUCACAUUACUCUUUGUUGCAGAGUUAAAUUUCCCCAGAUGUACCAUUUUAAAGUGAUCCUUUAAAUUUUAACCACUCUAAAAAUGCAGUAUUUUCAUUGAACAGUAUGCUUUUAACUAAAAUGUCUUCUAAAUAUUUUGAAAAAAUGUUUGAAGUACUUUCUUAUACCUCAAACACAUCCCACAGUAAUGAAGGCACUUUAUUUAGCAUGAAAUUUGACAAACUCUGUGUGAAACGUAGAUGUUAACCUUGACUUUUAUUCUAAAAGGAAGUGCUAUAUAGAAUAAAAUGAGUGUCUGACAUGAACCUUAUCUUUACAGUGUACACUGAAUCGUCUCCAGAAUAGUCAUUCUCAGCAAGGGAAGAGAAAGGCAUGGGUGAGGGGAAAUAAUACACAGUUUGAAACACAGCAGCGCUUUAUCCCAACACUUGGAUUUGUUUUUAAUUACAGUAUUUUUAAUCUCAACUAACAUUAAGAGAAAGCAUAAAAAUAUAGCUCUAUUACAUUAAUAAAAAGUGGACUGUUUUAACACUAGUAGCUGCUCUCAAAAAAUAAGCAUGCUAGCGUAUAACCUAAAAACAAUAUUAUGUUCAUUUAAAAUAGUAAACAUUCAAUAUAAAAAACAAUAUUUCAUAAUUUCAUUAAAGUAGGAAAUUAAUCAUUAGUCAGAUUUAUGUUUUUUACAAAGCUACAAUCUUUAUCAUUCUUCAAGGUAUGCCCAAGAAACCUACUGUCUACAACUGGAUAUCUGGAGGUUUACUGGGGGCUUUUUUUUUUUUUCAUCUAAAUAGAAAAAAAAUUCAAAAUUGGGACUACAUAUAUACUCCAAAAAAAAUCUUCUGACUCACUUUUCUCUGCACCCUCGGCCAACCUCCACACCAUUCUGAAGGGGCCUCAACUUGGUCUUAAAUCUUAACCAUGGAAUAAACAGUGCCAAUCUGACCAGGGCUUCACAAGGCAAAGGAAAACCCAGACCUAACGGACCUGAAAUAAAGACACCUCUCGUGCGCGUCUCCUUUUGGUUCCGUUUUCAUGACCUAACAGUCUAUGCUUCUCCAGUCAUUCUUAAGAUUCCUUAGAGUGGAUACUAUUUAUGGGCGAGAUAGUUAAUGUUACUGCCUUAAUGGUGAGAACAAAAUGUUUGUGUUAUAUAGAACUUGGAGUCUGUCUAUGCAACUCAGCACUAGGACUGGCGAUCUCACCAGGCCUAGCGGAAAACACACACCAGGAAGAGGCCCACACGGCAGCGUUCUCCCUCCAGGGCAUCUCACAUCGACACCGACCAGGUCACAUGACUGAGCCCACAGCACUUUCAAAAGAGAGCCACCCUCCCUGUUCAGUCAGGAAGAUAAAUUUUUUUAAUAACUCUUAUUAAAACACUCACAGUGACUGAAGAAGCUGUAGGUUUUAAUUCCCCAAGUCAGGAAGAAAACAAACCCCAUGCCCUCUCCUCUUUCAGUCGCCCACAGUGCAGCUCAACUCUACAGCCAGACUCCAAGAGAACACCACAACUCACUGUGUUUUCCCUAAGUCCUUAUCUCUCUCUCUGGUUUUUGUACUAUCCUGAGAAGUAUGUUUCCUGUGAGAGUACUGGUGGAUGUAAUUUAAAACUAGAGUUGUUUCUGGAAAAUC